AUGAAUUUCUUACAUAAUGUUUAUAAAAAGAGUUUAGAGGAAAAUGAGCGUAAUUUAAAUUUCUGGGAGGCUUAUGUCGAUGAUCUUAACUCUCUAGACUUUAGUAUAUUUAGUGAUAAGCUUACAGUACCGGUUUUGGUGCCAAUCGGGAAUAAAAUAUUCUUCAGAGGUUUGUUGAAACACACAAAUGAAGUAACUGUUUCACUUGGUGCUGAUUACUUUGCAAAAUGUUCCAUUAAACAAGCUGAAAUAAUUAAACAACAUAGAAUUAAAGAUGCGCAAUCCAAACUUGACUUAUAUAGAAAAGAGACAGGGUAUUUGGAAAAUCAGCUUAAAUUAAAUAAAUGUACUAAUGACACCUUGGGUCAAGAUAUUAUUGAAACAUGUACGGAAGAAGAAGAUAGGAUAUGGAAAGAAAAUCACAAAGAAAAAGUCAAACAAUACAAUCAGAGUAAAGAAAAGCAUUUAGAUAAAUGUGAUAAUGAAUUGACAGAUAACGAACUUUGGAGUAGGUUAGAAGAAUUAGAACUACAAGAAGAGUUAGAAGAAGAAUACUUGAGCAUGACAAACGGGAAAAAUUAUGAAGAGGCAGAUAAUUCAUUGAUUAUAAAGGAUGAUAUACCAACAAAACCAAACCCCGUUAACAUGUCUAAACAAUUAACUGAAGUUGUUGGGGUUCCAGACCACAGCAAUAAUUCUGAAUCUAAAGUACCAAUUUUAGAGCAAAUAAUGAUUAGGCAAAAAGAUCUUGAAUUUAAACUAACUGAAUUACAAAAUAAAAAGGGAGGAAACAGUAAGACUGAAGAAGACUUACUUGAAAAACUAAAUGAAAUUGAUCAACUCGAUGAACUUGAAGAUGAAAUGAACAGAUUAGAUGAUAUCUUAAAUGAAGAAUCUGAAGAGUCAGAUAAAACUACUGAAGAAAUUUCUACUCUUAGUUCAAAGAAAACUGUAACAUUUGCCAAUGAUGAUGAUAGCAAAACUUUAGAAAUAAGUUUGAAACAUUCAGAUGUAGAACCUGACACUGCACCCUACAACCCUACUAGUGGAAUUAAAAAACCAAGUGAUAUCUAUGAGGCAAUCUCCACAAAAUUACUUAAUGAAACUAAAUCUAUUUUAAAAAAGACAAAAUAUGUAAACAAUGAUUUAAAGCAUUCAGAUGAAAAUAAAUACAAUAUAGAAUCACCUGAAAUUGAAACACAGAGAGAAACAAUUGUAGUAAAAGAUGUGUUAGAGAAAGUGGAUGAAAAUAACAAAUUACAUAGUCAGCUUAGACCAGCUAGCCUAUUCAAAAAGAGGAGACAGAUACAAAUGAAAUAA